AUGGCGUGUGAGGGAAAAUUGGGAAACUGUAAUUUCUUUCAAGAAGAAGAGGACGAGGAGGAGGCAUUAUCACUCUCUGAUCUGCCGAUCAAUUUGAACAAGGAAGAGAGAAACAACAAAUCAGACGUUGAUGAAGAAUCUCAACCGUUGAUCAAAUGCGAAGAGGAUUUUGAUUUUCGUUCAUGGAGUAGAGAAUCAGAAAUGUGCGCAGCUGACGACGUCUUCUUUCAAGGCCAAAUUCUCCCUCUGCGUCACUCAAUCAGUUCAGAGAAUGGUCUAACCAAGUUCAACCCAGAGACCCUGAAAACGAGCCAUUGGGUUUCCAGGUCCGAGUCCAUGGACCAUUAUGGUUCAUUAGGUGGGUUCAGUAGCAGAAGCAGUAGUACCAAGAGCCACUACUCAUCAAGCAGCACCAGCUCUACCAGCACCACCACAGCAAGAAAUCCAAAACCCAGAAUCCGAAACCAAUUCCACACACACCCGAGCCCCAAACCCCAAAUCAGAGUCUCCACUACUCCUCUGCCCACUAAUCUCACUCGAAGAUCCACAAUCUGGGAAUUUUUCAGAGUGGGUUUGGUCCGCACACCAGGAAUCGAAUUUCAAGAUCUUAAGGCUCGCAGUUCCAUUAGUCGUAAUAGCAGUAGUGACAGGAGUAAUACGGGUCACAGUGAACAGAGUACGAAUAUGGAGAAACAGGGGAAGCAGAGAAAACAUAUGUUCUUUGAUAGAGAGAGAUUGUUAGGAGGGUGCAGUUGUUCAGUUGGCAGUGCCGUAAAACCAGUUCCCCAGAAAAUUGUUGUCAUCAGAAGUAAUUUUGAAGACAGUAAUCACAAUAUUAAAGGGAGUGCAAGAGAAUCCAAAGAGCAUAUAGAGAAGCAGUUGCAGGAGCUGAAGAAGAAGAAGAAAUUAAUGAUGGAAAAGCAGCAAGGAAAGCAGAACGAGUCACGUCAUCAUCGAACGUUUGAAUGGAUAAAGCAACUUUCACAUGGAUCUGGACAUCCCGACUCGUGA